AUGGAAGAUGCGAUUGCCAAUACUAGAUCAAUUCGAGGGAGGGGAGCUGAUAUAUCAUUUUGGAAAAUGGCGGGAAACAUCUUCAAACCGAGUUUCAACUCAAGUGCAACAUGGAAGCUCUUGAGGGAUCAUCAACCGAUUAAUACAUGGCACAAGGGAAUUUGGUUCAAGAAUGCAACCCCCAAGUACUCAUUUNUCACAUGGUUGGCUAUCAACAACCGGUUGAAAACAUGUGAUCGAAUGCGUCAAUGGAACCUACUCACAGGGGGUUUGGAGAACAAUCACGGCCAAGCUACUGCUUAG